AUGGAGAGUGUAAGAGAGAGAUCAUCAUCAAGUUUGGCACUUUUCUUGUUCGGUCUUGCUUAUCUUGUGUUGUUCCUGAGCUUAGUCUCUGUCAACGGGUUACGAGACCUAAAAGAGAGAGAUGGAAGUGAGAGUAAGUUUAUGAAUGGUACCACUUCUUCAGGCGUUUUGGGCUCUAAGAAUAAUGUGAAUGUUUCGACCGUUGGGUUUGUAAAACCCUUGUUGGGUGAGAAUAGCAAUGUAAGUAAGAGUGAAAAAUGUGAACCACGAGACGGAGGCAGAGGCCAAGGUGGAGGUCGAGGUGGUGGCGGAGGAGGAGACGGCGGCGGUGGAGGCGGAAAUGGUGGGAAGGGAAAAGAUCACAAAAAUAACAGAAGAAGUGGUGGUGGCGGUGGAGGAGGAGGCGGAGGCGGAGGUAGCGGAAAUGGCUCAGGCCGUGGCCUAGGUAGAGGAAGCGGAGGAGGUGGAGGAGGUGGUGGAGGAGGAGGGUGGCGGUGGUGGUGGUGGUGGAGGAGGAGGAGGAGGCGGUGGAAGCGGGGGUGGAGGUGGCGGUGGAGGAGGAGGAAGUGA